AAGCCCUGAAUAGACAUAAUUGUACUCUGCCUGUAUUCUAUUAGUCAAAGCAAGUGACAAGACCACCUCAGAUCCAAAGGGUGAGGGGAAAUCAGGAUAAAGAAGAUUCUGAUAAGUCACGGGAGAGGAGGAAGAGAAUAUAAAAGGCAGAUUGGAGGAAGGAAUCUCUACCAUUGAGGCAAGAUGGCCAAGCUCACCCUCCUCACUGGUCUGCUCCUUGUGCUGACAGCCGAGAUCGGUUCUGCCUAUCAGCUGACAUGCUACUUCACCAACUGGGCCCAGUACAGGCCUGGCUUGGGGCGCUUCAAGCCUGAUGACAUUGACCCCUGCCUCUGCACUCACUUGAUCUAUGCCUUCGCUGGGAUGAGCAACAACCAGAUCACCACCAUUGAAUGGAAUGACAUCACUCUCUACCAAUCUUUCAAUGGCCUGAAGAAUAAAAAUAGUGAACUGAAAACUCUUCUGGCUAUUGGAGGCUGGAAUUUUGGAACUGCUCCCUUCACUGCCAUGGUUUCCACUCCCCAGAACCGCCAGACUUUCAUCAACUCCGUCAUCAAAUUCCUGCGCCAGUAUGAGUUUGAUGGGCUGGACUUUGACUGGGAGUACCCUGGCUCUCGUGGCAGCCCUCCUCAGGACAAGCACCUCUUCACUGUCCUGGUGAAGGAAAUGCGUGAAGCCUUUGAGCAGGAGGCCAAGCAGGUCAACAAGCCCAGGCUGCUGGUCACCGCUGCAGUGGCUGCUGGCAUCUCCAACAUCCAGUCUGGUUAUGAGAUCCCCCAGCUGUCCCAGUACCUGGACUUCAUCCACGUCAUGACCUAUGACCUUCAUGGCUCCUGGGAGGGCUACACUGGAGAGAACAGCCCCCUCUACAAAUACCCAACUGAUACUGGAAGCAAUGCCUACCUCAAUGUGGAUUAUGCCAUGAACUACUGGAAGGACAAUGGUGCCCCAGCUGAGAAGCUCAUUGUUGGAUUCCCAGCCUAUGGACACACCUUCAUCCUGAGCAACCCCUCUAAUCAUGGAAUCGGUGCCCCCACCUCUGGUGCUGGUCCUGCUGGGCCCUACACCAGGCAGGCUGGCUUCUGGGCCUACUAUGAGAUCUGUACCUUCCUGAAGAAUGGGGCUACUGAAGUCUGGGAGGCUUCUGAAGAUGUUCCCUAUGCUUACAAAGGUAAUGAGUGGCUUGGAUAUGACAAUACCAAGAGCUUCAAAAUCAAGGCUGAUUGGCUGAAGAAGAACAACUUUGGGGGUGCCAUGGUAUGGGCCAUUGACUUGGAUGACUUCACAGGCACCUUCUGCAACCAGGGCAAAUUCCCCUUGAUCAACACUCUGAAGGAUGCCCUGGGUCUGAGGAGUGCAAGUUGCAAAGCCCCAGCCCAGCCCAUUGCUCCCAUCCCUGAAGCUCCCAGCUCAGGCAGUAGCAGUGGUAGCAGCAGUGGCAGUAGUAGUGGCAGCAGUGGCUCUGGAGGAAGUCCCAGUGGCAGCGGCUUCUGUGCCACCAAGGCCAGUGGCCUGUACCCUGUUCCCACUAACAAAAAUGCCUUCUACAACUGUGUGAAUGGACAGACCUACGUUCAGCAUUGCCAGGCUGGCCUCGUCUUUGAUGCUUCCUGCUCCUGUUGUAACUGGUAAUAUGUUUGCCAGAUAUCCAUUCCUAUGUCUGCCUCAGAUAUUGUUAUGCGAUAAAAAGUUGAGCAUAAAUGCA